AUGCUGUCAGAAAGCCUAAUAGCCUCCGUGCUGGGCUCGGCAAAGACUCAGACGUCGUCGACGCUAAAAGACGUGGGCAUAUGCGUUCAGGAAUUGCAUCCUGCGUCGGCGCUUCGAACUACCUUCAAAAAGAGCUCCACUCCCCCCAAUGCGCUUGCUGUCACGCCUACACAUGUCUUCGCUGCACAGUCAGACAAGUCUGUCGUCCAUGUCUACAACAGACUCCGUGGCAAUCAAGAAGCUACAGUCCCAUUCCCCGAGCGCAUCCGAAGUCUUGCCGUGGCAGGCAGGCACAACGGCGAGCUCUUAAUUCUGGGCACAGAGGGCGGUAGAUUAAUUUUGUGGGAGACUUGUACAGGGCGGCAGGUUUCCACGGCACCUUCUCAUCUUCAACCUGUUACCUCAUUAGUCGUUGAUCCCACGUCCAAUUUUGUCUUGUCUGGCUCGCCCGAUGCCAACGUCCAUGUCUGGUCCAUACCACGAUUGUUGUCAUUUUCAAAGCCGGUGUCAACGGGGCAGGACCAGAAAGCUCCGAACUCACCUAUACAGACAUUUGGCAAUCACCGGACAGCGAUCACAGCGCUAGCUGUUGGACACGGCAUUGGGCGCAGUAAUUUCGCUAUCUCUGUGGCGCAGGAUAGCACAGCAGUAGUGUGGGAAUACACAACUGGGAAGAUACUGAGAACAUUCUUGCUACCGUCGGUGGCAAAAUCCAUAACAGUUGAUCCGGUAGAUCGAGCUUUCUAUGUCGGUUAUGAUUCGGGCAACGUUCAGCGGAUAGACUUUUAUGAAACGAUAUCGGGCCAGCACCCAUUAUAUGACCAACGACUUCAGAGUACUCCGUCUCAAAUUAGCGCUGAUCAUCAGUGGCUAGUUCCGUCGCCAGACAAGGGCGCUGCGACAGCUUUAGCCUUGUCCUAUGAUGGUAUGACCUUGUAUUCGGGGCAUCCAAAUGGCUCUGUUUUGGCAUGGGAUAUUGCGCGCGCGAAAUUCUCUUCCACAGUGGCCGAUUAUAUGAGUGCGGUAACAAAUCUUCAUAUGCUCCCACCUGGAGGGUUUCCGGUACAACCACUGCAAGAUAACCCGCACUUUACGAUUCCAAAUAUCGUCAAACCUCGAUACGAACAGAAUAUAUCCGAAAGAUCUUAUGGGGAUGGCACUGUUCCAUACAACUAUGCACUAAGUGUCCAACUUGCCCCUACAGCUUCUACGAAGAGCGACUCAAACAAAUUCUUCGAAGCCUUGACCCACCCUGUUUUUCCUCCAUCUCUACUUGAAGAAGGUCUCGCAGAGCUGGCAGCUUUGAGCCAUGGACAGGGAGUGCAUAAAGAUACUUCACCAACAACAACAUCCACUGCCGUUGACUCUUCGCAACUUGCCGCUCUCGAAGAGGAGAUUACCAACCUUAGAAAACAACUCUCAAUCAACGAAACCGCACGUCGCGCCGAUGCAGAGGAAGUUGUGAGACUCAAGUCAAAUAUCCGUGAAUUACAGGAUUGCAACAGCCGAUUUCAAACAUUACAAGCACAACUUACCCGCCACAAGGCUGCGGCCCGUGCAGAAAAAGAAGACCGUGACUUUGAGCGACGCACGGCCUGGUUCGAAGCUGAGAAGACAGGCACGAAUGGCGACGCUGCUCUGCAAAAAGCGCGUGCACAGGAUCCAGACGAUGAUGAUGCGGAUAAAAUGAGCGAAUAA